GAAGUAUAUUCUAAGUGAAUACCCUAUCCCUUCAUAACAACACCGCUAAUCUUUUACCGAGUUUUCGCUCUCCUAUCUUCAUUCCACAUUACGCAGUUCUUCGAUUUUUUUAUUUGGAGCCUCCUCUCUCUGAUGUUUAUUGACAGUUUACCAAUGAACGAGACGAUUUCAUCUCUCAAGCUGAAAGCACUUGCGAGUAUAGGAAUUACCAUUUUGGUUCGAGUCUGAGCUUCGUCAUCGUGAUGAAAGUUGACGUAGCGGGAAUAGGUCUUGGGUGUUGAGAUUUUAUUAUCAGAAAACAAACAAAUCGACGAUCAAAAGAUGAAUUCCGAGGAUAUAGAUCGAAUGCUUCUAGACGAUCAAGUUCCCUCAGAGAGCCAAACCUGCGAAAAUGAGAAACACAAAAACCAGGCCCGUUUGAUCGCUAGAGAAUACGAAGAUCUCGAAGCCCAGAAAGCAGAAUUUAAGAAACUACAGGAGGACCAUCAAAAACAAGUUGAUGAAUUCGAAGAGGCGAAAGUAGAAUUUGAAGACAAGCUACGGACUCUCAACAAGAUGGAAUUGGAGAACUACAAAAAACUGAAUUUACUCAGAGCCGAGCAACGCAAUUUCAACACAACGGUCAAGGCAUUCAACGAGAAAGUGGAGAAAGUCAGGGAAGCGACGAAAACUUUCAAUAAGAAGAGUGAGACGUUGAGGGGGAAGUUAAAGGCGGCCAGAAAGAGAGAAGCGUCUUUUUUUGAAGAGUACGAAAGCAAGCGGAGAGAUUUGAGGGAGAGAACAGGGGCUCGAUGAGAAAGUUAAAUACAUUCUUGAAAUACAGGAAAGAUUCUUCGAUCCAGAACGAGAAUUAUAUGAAUUUUUGCAAAGCGAUCUUUCACGAGUAUAGAACGAGAACGAGAACGAAAAAGAGGAAGAUUGAGUUUUUCCAAAAGCGGGAAGAGACGUUCCGGUUUCAUGAGGUUAGAGAGAUCAGACUAAGCAAGUUCAGCAAUGAAAGAAUACCAAACAAGUAUUCUAGCAUAGGCUCACUGUAGAAAUAGCAUUUUGAAACAGCGUAUUUCCA